ACCGCCACCGCCGGCAGCAGGAAACCCUAAUCGACCGGCGUCGCAAGCCCCAACUCUAUCCGCCAUUAAUACUAACCUCUCAACCGCCACCGCUCACCGCCGCAGAUCAAUGGUAAUGAAUCAUAUGCUAUUUUUGCCAUAUUCUCUGUAACUCCUUCCGUCAGCCGACCGCGAUUUUUUCUUCUCUCCGCGCUCAUCUAUUUUGGAAGCGUUCGCUAGCUUUUCUCGUGUUCGGCGGAUACGUCGGCGGAGAUUUGACGCAGCUGGUGACGCACUCGAUUUCUUAUUCCAGAUGGCUUGCCGUUUCGCUACCCGACGAAAAUUGAUUAGCCCCUACGUGGUUAGCGUCUGAAUUUGGGGAUUUAGGGCUUUCUUCCAACUGCGAUAUAAUGGCGUCCGCUGAGGACUUCUCACCCUCGCAGGAUCCUCCAAUGGCGAAGGGUAAUACUAAUAGCGGUAGGAGCAAAGCGACGUCGUUUUUAUCCGACGGAUUCCUCUUCGUCGGCGGAGCUCUGGUCGCGUUUCUCGUGGUUUGGGCUCUUUGGUCCUUCUUCAGCCCUCCGCCGCCUUCGUCUGAUACUUUCUCCACCGCCGCCUUCCCCGACCGGAAAUCCGCAAAAUUCGACAACUUCGCCACCUCCUCGGAGGCGCCGGAGAGUUUUUUAUCAACCAAAUGCCCAACAACCGCUUCGGCAUCGGAUCCGGACCCGGGUCACGACCCGCCCGACCCGACCUUCUACGACGACCCGAACCUGACCUACACCAUCGACUCGCCGCCGGUGAAGAACUGGGACGAGAAGCGGCGGCGAUGGCUGGAGCAGCACCCGUCGUUCGCGGCGGCGGCGGAGGAUCGGAUCCUAAUCGUGACCGGAUCUCAGGCGACGCCGUGCAAAAACCAGAUCGGCGAUUACCUCCUCCUGAAAUUCUUCAAGAACAAAGUCGACUAUGCCCGCCGGCACGGGAUCGACGUCUUCUACAACAACGUCCUCCUCCAGCCGCAGAUGUUUUCCUUCUGGGCGAAAACGCCGACGGUGAAGGCGGCGAUGUUAGCCCACCCGGAAGUCGAAUGGAUCUGGUGGAUCGACUCCGACGCCGCCUUCACCGACAUGGACUUCGUCCUCCCCCUGGAUAGGUACAAAUCUCACAACCUGGUCAUCCAUGGCUGGCCGGACAUGAUCUUCGAGAAGAAGAGCUGGACCAGCAUCAACGCCGGCGUCUUCCUGAUCCGCAACUGCCAGUGGGCGAUGGAGUUCAUGGACGCCUGGUCGAAGAUGGGGCCGCAGGCCCCGCAGUACGACAAAUGGGGGCAGAUCCAACGGUCGAUAUUCAAGGACAAGUCGCUGCCGGAAUCCGACGACCAGACGGGGCUGCUGUAUCUGAUAGUGGAGGAGCAGGAGAAAUGGGGGAAGAAGAUAUACAUAGAGAGGGACUACUAUUUCGAGGGGUAUUGGCUGGAGAUCGUGGGGACGUUGGAGAACAUAUCGGAAAACUACGCAGCGGUGGAGAAGGAGGCGGCGGCGGCGGCGCUGCGGCGGCGGCACGCGGAGAAGGUGGGGAGGGCUUACGGGGAGGUGUGGGCGGAGGUGCUGAAGAAGAAGGGGGUGGGGUACGGCCGGGGGAGUGGCCGGCGGCCGUUUAUUACGCAUUUCACGGGGUGUCAGCCGUGCAGUGGGGACCACAACCAGAUGUACUCCGGCCAGACGUGCUUCGACGCCAUGCAGAAGGCGCUGACCUUUGCUGAUAACCAGGUGCUCCGGGACUACGGGUACGUGCACCCGGACUUGCUGGAUCCGGCGGCCGUUGCGCCCCUGCCGUUCGAUUAUCCAGCCUCCUUGUGAUUGCGAAUGGACGGUGGUGAUGAUGAUGAUGAUGAUUCGACUAAGUGUGUGCUGGUUAUAGUUGAUAUUUAUUCUGUUGUGUUGUAUAGAGGGAGUAGUUUGGUUGAGCUUGUUGAGAUAUUUAUAUUUUGUUAUAUUUUAUUUUAGAUUAUUAUUA